GCACCACAAUUGCGUCGGCUGGUCAUGAAUCACUCUCAUCCUCCUCAACUACAUCUGAAUUUUGUAGCCGUCUAGGUCUCUAUGACGAUUUGACUUGUUCGCAGCGAAUUUAGAUGAUAUUAUCGAUUGUCCAAGUGAAAACUGGCCUAGGCACGAAUAUCAACAAAAGCUAACCUUACACACGUUCUAAAUCCGGGUUGGUGGCCUAUCCAGAUCAUGCAGUGUGCUACAUCAGGUCAAGCUGCUGGAAUAGUAUAUAUUUUGCUUUAUAUCAUCCUCCAUUUCUUCGUUCUGAACGGUAGUUUCCCCUCCUUGCUUCUCUUAAGCAUAUCUGCGUUCACAUUCGAUUCCUUCUUAAAUCUCAUGAUCAUCCACCCCAUAACGAGCGCUCUACUGUAUACUGUUUGUAUCAGUCUUAUUGUAUAUUUUCGUCGAAGAUGGAAUUCUUGUCGUGCUUUUAGGGUAGCUGCUAAGCAGUAUGGCUGUAAAAAGGUUCAGAAAUACCCUCAUCAGGAUUUAAUAUGGGGCACCGACUUGAUGAAGAAGAGAGUGAAGGCUGUUGGUGAAGGUCGCCAAAUGACCUUGUUCAUGGAACACUUCAACAAGAUCGGAAAAGCCUUCGAGGAAAAUUUCUUUGGCACCAGAGUUAUCAAUACCAUAGAAGUUCGCAGCAUACAGCAAGUUUGCGCUCUUUCUUCUGGGGAUUAUGGAAAGCCAGCGCAAAACUUCUUCAAGGAAUUUCUAGGUGACGGAGUCCUCUCUCUAGAUAGUAAAGCGUGGAAACAUUCCAGGGACAUUGUAAAACAUAUCUUUUCGAGAGCUGAAGUCUCCGAUAUGGACACCCUCAGUUUCCACGUCGAUAGAUUUCUUGAUCUUAUCCCAAGUGAUGGGAGCGCAAUCGAUCUCCAAGAGCCACUACAUAAUUUGUUUCUUGAUCUCUCAACUGAGUUUCUCUUUGGGCAAUCCAUUGAUGCACAACUUCCCGAUGACCCAAAUAAUUCGAAAGGAUUACUGAAAGCCUUCAAUGGCGCCCUUGCAGGCGUUGGGAAAAGGCGGUCAGCUGGAAAGCUUCAAUUUAUCUACUCCUUCGACAGAAGCUGGAAGAGGGGUACUGGGAGGGUUUACUCGUAUGUUGAUGCACAUGUCAAACGAGUGCUUGACAAGGAGCCUGCCGAGGAAAAAGUUACCAGUAGUGGAAAUGCAGUACGUCGACAUAUUCUCCUAAAUGAAUUGGUCCAGCAAAUCAAGGAUCCUCUUCAACUCUGCUAUCAGAUUAUGAAUGUAUUCAUGCCUGGACGAGACACAACUUUUGUACUCAUAGCGAAUUGUUUGUUCCAUCUUGCAAGAAAUCCCGAGAUAUGGGCCCAACUUCGAGCUGAAAGUAUUGGGUUCGGUAGCCAACCUCUCACUUUUGAGUCUUUAAAAUCACUACAUUCUUUUAGAAAUGUUCUUCAAGAAAACACUUCGUCUUCAAGGUCCUGCAGGUCGUUCUCAACUUCUAGCGCUCAGAAACACGAUUCUUCCAGUAGGCGGUGGCCCGGACGGCCAGUCCCUUAUACUUGUAGAGCAGGGAGAUGUGGUUGCUUUAAAUAUAUGGGAUUCAUUUACUUCUUAUUAUCACCUAUGAUGGGGGGAAAUGACGUUGAUGAAUUCAAGCCACAGCGAUUGAACGAUAAAAGAAUGGUUUGGGAGUUCACUCCCUUUCUGGGUGGUCCUCGCAUCUGUCCUGCCCAACAACAGGUACUUACGCAAUCUGUAUAUCUGCUCGUCAGAAUGACAAGAAGUUUUGCUAGUAUUGAGAAUAGAGAUACUGUUUUGGAGUAUGUCGAGAUGGUAAGAAUGACCACGGAGAGCCGCAACGGGGUUAAAGUUGCACUGUUCAGUUCAAAGGGGGAAUAAAUUCGACUGUCACUCUUGAUACGUUUUUACAACAAAUGUAAUUUAUAGAUACAAUAUUCACAAGUAUUA